AUGGCUAGCAUAGAACUUGAUAUAUGGCGGGGUGAGUGGGGCCUAGCCUCUAUUGAUUUAGAAUGUUUAAAGGUUCUGACUUAUAUGAAAUUUAUUGGAGUACCUGUAAAAGUGCAUGAAGCAAACAAUCCAUAUUUUGCACCAAAAGGUAGGUUACCAGUCAUGAGAGAUGGUCGAAGUAUACUCACAACUUUUGAGGAAGUCGUGGAUCACUUAAAAUCAUUACAUUACAGCACAGAUGUCCACCUGAACACCGCACAGGCAGCAGAAGCAAGUGCUUUUACACAAUAUCUAAGAGAGAAGCUUUAUCCGGCAUAUCAAUAUGCUUGGUGGAUUGAUGAAAAAAAUUACAAUGACCUCACCCGGCCUGCCUAUGCUAAAGCUUUACGAAUACCAUUCAACUUUUACUAUCCAGGAAAGUACCAAAACUCAGCCAAAGAGAUGAUUGACGCAUUGUUUGGGGAACAUACAGAUUUAAGAGAAAUUGAAAGGACAAUAUAUCAAGAAGCAGAAAAGUGCCUUAAAACUCUAUCCGAUCGUUUGGGUGAAAGUGAAUAUUUCUUUGGUAACAGGCCGUCAUCAUUUGAUGCAAUAGUGUUUGCUUACCUGGCCCCAUUGGUGAAGGCACCAUUCCCUAAUGCAACUCUUGCCAAUCAUGUGAAAGGAAUUGCAAACCUGACCAGAUUUGUAGCAAGGAUUAAUCAAAAGAACUUUAGACAUGUUACUGAUGAAUACAACCGACAAAAUGCGAAGAAGCAGUCAACAGGGACACAGUCAGACAGGGACGUGGCAAAUUUUCCAAACCAAACGCGCAACAAAAUAUUGGCAGCGCUUUUCGCUGCCAUAGCGAUGACUGGGUAUGCAGUGGCAAACGGGAUGUUCCAGAAAUUGUCUUCGUGGAGUUGGCAGAGGACUGUGCUGUUGAACAAAUUCCGCAUCGCCAAGAAACACUUCAACAAGAUGAAAAAGCUCAAAACGACCCAAAACGGCGAAGAAAGCCAGCUGCCG